UCGAUCAAUUCAAUGCAAGAAGCGUAGAGCUUCCACAAUAUAUUAAUCCGUGGCUACCAAAAUGAACUUACUUCCCAUUCACAAAGACACAAACCAGCCAACACCGUCGCGUUCUCUUAAUCUUAUUAUAAUCGGCCGGCGCUUCCAAAAGUCUCCGACUUUUCUAUAAAAUCCAUCCCCAAAAUGAACAAACUCUUCGGGUCUCAGCCUCGAGAGAGCAACCAGUUCAAUGGCGGAGGAGCAAGAGGUGGUGAUCGUCGGCGGCGGGAUCUCCGGCCUGGCGACGGCGGUGGCGCUGCAGAGGCUGGGCGUUCGCAGCGUCGUGCUCGAGAGAUCCGACGGGCUCAGGACCACGGGCGCAGCGCUCUCCUUGUUCACUAACGCCUGGCGAGCUCUCGAUGCUCUCGGAGUCGCCCACAAGCUCACCUCGAUUUACCCACCGAUGGAAGGGGGAAGUGUUACUAAUCUUGAGACUGGGGAGGAGCUCUUGACCAACCUUGCCGGGAACAGGUACGAGGAGUGGGAUGGGACUGCAGCAGUGCACAGAAAGAUGUUGUUAGAAGCACUGGCUGAGGAGCUGAAACCUGACACCAUUCGCUUUUCUUCAAAACUAGCAUCAAUUAGGACUGAAGUUUUGAAAGAUUCAUCGACUGUUGUCAUUCUACACCUAGAGGAUGGAACCAUCAUCAGAGCGAAGGUAUUGAUUGGGUGUGAUGGAGUGCAUUCUUUGGUGGCACAAUGGUUAGGUCUGGCGGCUCCUAUUAAUUCUGGCAGGUCAGCUGUCCGAGGAUUGGCAAUUUAUGAUGAAGGUCAUGGAUUGAAUUAUGGAGCCAAUCAAUUUCUCUCUUGUGGUAAAAGGGCUGGUUUAAUUCCACUCAAUGAUAAAGAGAUCUAUUGGUUCAUCACCAAUCCUACUACGCCAAGAGAAAAGGACAUGGCAAAUGAAUUCACAAGGGACCCUUCCCUCAUCCUGAAGGAAGUCACAGACAACUUAGCUAAAGAAUUUCCUCAAUCAUACCUUGAAGUUGUCGAACACUCAGACCUCUCAUCACUAACAUGGGCUCCUCUCAUGCUUCGAAACCCGUGGGCCAUUCUCACCGGGUCCAACCAUAAAGGAACAGUCACGGUGGUCGGAGAUGCAAUGCAUCCGAUGACUCCUGACCUCGGUCAGGGCGGUUGCUCUGCGCUCGAGGAUGCAGUCGUUCUUGCAAGAAACAUUGGAGGUGCGUUAAGAUCAAAAGAGAAUAUGAGUAAAGUGGAAGAGGGAAUGAGGAAGUAUGUUAAGGAGAGGAGAUGGCGUGUCUCAGGUCUUGUUUUGGGCUCGUACUUAUCGGGCUGGGUCCAACAAGGUGGGUCUGGGCUUUGGGGCUGGGCUGUUAGGAUUUUCAGGGAUCGUGUUUUCUAUACGUUUGUUUAUCCUAGGAUAAGUGCUGCUGUUCAAUAUGAUUGUGGGGUGCUUCUCCCUCCUGAGGUUUAGAGUGGCUUUGGGUUUUGUGUAUGUGUAUGACGCACCAAACGAAUUGAAUUUUGUGCUGUAAGACUAUAAAUAUUCGCCGUACGUAUUCUUGUUC